AUGGCGCCACGUAGGAUCAACCCGUCCCAACCUCGAAUAUUCGGAAGAAUGGUUCGACAACACACAAGAAAAGUCUGUCUCCGUCUCAACUGCUCCUCCAUAAUGCACCACAUUCUCUAUUACCUCUGCAGACCAUGGCGCCACAGAGGAUCAACUCGCCCCAACCUCGACUCUUCCCAAAAAUUGUUCAACACCACACAACAAAACUUUGUCUCCGUCGUAGACCGAACCCUACAAGGAUACAGUGAUCAAAACCUCUCCAUACACAAACUCCAACUCGACUGUUCGAGCCCCGAAUCACAACCGAUCGUCUCCCUUUUCGACAAAUGGAUCCCGAUGAUAGCCGCCUUCAACAUAAAAUCGUUCAGACUCAACUUUUGUUCAUAUACUCUGCCAUGUUACGGCCUGCUCUCAGCAAUAUUCUUAGCCGAGUCGCUCGAAGAACUACAUCUGCGAAAUGCAGGCUGA